GUGAUUGCGGCAGGAGGAGGAGGAGCCGGAAGUCGGGGGGGAUGUUGUUGCUGCCGCUGCUUCCCAAUCGGAGUCAAUAUUGUUGUUGGGAAUCACCUUGAGGAUGUCUUCCGAGGAGUUCGAGAAGAUGCACGAAGCGUUUGUCUGUGUCCACGGGGAGCUGAGGCGCCAGUGUGAGCAGCUGUCCGGGUAUUCAGGAGAUAAUUUUUGUGACAUUGCAACAGACAUUGUCCUGGCUUUCUACUGUUUUCAUAUUGAAGAAAUUCAAGAAUGGGAACUCUCCUUCCUUAAUGAACAGAAGAAAAGAUUUCUUCGAGAAAUAGAUGAAAAAGUUGAUGAAGCAAAUGAAGUACUGGAUGGAAUGGAAAAAGAAAUAAUGAAAGCACCACACUUAUAUCGUAAUCAGAUGAAUAUCAAAAUUCGUUCAUACAGAAAAGAUGUGAGCAAGUUACAGCGGGACAUUAGAAGCAACGAUAUUGGAUAUGGAGUACGUAGUGACGUUAAGUACACCGUAUACAAUGCUGAAAAUGAACAAAGUAAUUACUUAGCAUCUCAGCGUGCUUUGCUUUUGCAAGGUACAGACAGUCUUAACAGAGCUACCCAGAGUAUGGACCGUUCUCAUAGGAUAGCAGCAGAGACAGAUCAAAUCGGAUCAGAUAUAAUUGAGGAACUUGGUGGGCAACGCGAGCAACUGGAACGUUCAAAAGAUAGGCUAAUAAAUACAGGUGAGAAUUUGAGCCGGAGUCGCAAAAUACUGCGUGCCAUGUCCAGGAGGGUUGUGACAAACAAGUUGCUACUGGGUAUUAUCAUCCUUCUUGAAGUAGCGAUUCUGGCAGCUGUUGUAUAUAUCAAGUUCUUCCGCAAACACUAACUUAACAUGUAAUCUGGGUGGUUUCAGUGCUGUGAACUCCUGCUCAAGUGCUUCCUGUGAAGCUCACAGGUUUCUGACCCAACGACUAUUGAAAGAUGAGACUUUGAGGAUAUGUAUUAAAGUACUUUUAUUGCUGAACCAUUCCAUUCUUCAUCAUGUACUCAACCUGGUUAGAGGACUUCCCUGUGGUUUGAUGGGUCUUGCAGCUGAAGUAUGUUUGAGCAAGAUGAAGAAACUUCACAAAUUACGUUGCAUUUGAUCAGUCCCUUAAACUUUGCCAAUAAACUACAUUGUAGUAAUGUGCACAAACUUUUAAUAAAGUCAUUUGAUAUUUAACAAAUGUC